GCUGGCUUUAGCAAAAAGCUAAUAAACUGCAUAGACAUUACUAAAUAAACAUCGUCUCUAAAGAUUAUAGGAGCAAAGAAGUAGGAGUUGAAUGCUCUGGUAUCUUGAAUAAUGUGGUCCCUGGACUUCAUGUGGUUCCUAAAGUCCUGAAGCAGGUUCUUUAAGGAGGGUGUAAUCCCUCCUCCCAGAGAGCUGAGAGGAGGAGCUGUGCAGCUUUUCCUGAAAUGAAAGUGAAAGUUAGUGAAUCCCACGGAGCUGCACUUCAGACAAGUCUUCCUUUCUCUCUGAGGAGAAAUUCAGCCGAAUCAAAGUUUGUUUUUCUCAACUCAACAGCAGGAACAAGGUUAGAAAUGGCUUCUGCCAGCUGUCUGCUGAUUGAGGAUCAGUUCCUGUGCUCCAUCUGUCUGGAUAUGUUCACUGAUCCUGUCAGCACACCAUGUGGACACAACUUCUGUAAAAGCUGCAUCACUGAUCACUGGAACGUCAAUUCAACAUUCAAGUGUCCAAACUGUCAAGAGGUUUUCAUUAGAAGACCUGAGCUGAAGGUCAACACCUUCAUCUCUGAGAUGGUCGCUCAGUUCAGACAGUCAGCUCAACAGGAAGCCAGCAGCAGCAGCUCAGAGCGACAAGUUUCCAAACCAGGAGAAGUUCCCUGUGACGUCUGCACUGGAACCAAACUGAAGGCCCUGAAGUCCUGCCUGGUGUGUCUGGUUUCUUACUGUGAGACUCACCUGAAGCCUCACCUGACAACCACAGGUCUGAAGAAGCAUCAGCUGAUCAACCCUGUGGAGAACCUGGAAGGCAGGAUGUGUGAGAAGCACGACAAACUGCUGGAGCUGUUCUGUAAGAACGACCAGAUGUGUGUCUGCGUGCUGUGCCCCUACUCAGACCACAAGACACAUGAUGUUGUUCCUCUGAGAGAAGAAUAUGAAGGAAAGAAGGCCGAGCUGGGGAAGACAGAGGCUGAAAUCCAGCAGAUGAUCCAGAAGAGACUACUGAAGUUUGCAGAGUUCAAACAGUCAGUGGAGCUCAGCAGGAAGAAUGCAGACAGAGAGAUGGCAGAAGGUGUUCAGGUCUUCAGCGCUCUGAUGGAGACUGUCAAGAGACGCCUAAAUAAUCUGACGGACACGAUCAAAGAGAAGCAGAGAGAGACGGAGGAACAGGCUGAAGGCUUCAUCAAAGAGCUGCAACAGGAAAUCUCUGAGCUGGAGAAGAGAAGCUCUGAAGUGAAGAAGCUCUCACGCUCUGAAGACCACCUCCACCUCCUUCAAAACAUCACGGCCCUGAACGCUGCUCCACCCACCAAGAACUGGACUGGAGUCAGAGUCCAUCCACCUUCAUAUGAGGGGACUGUGGUGAGAGCUGUGAAGCAGCUGGAGGAAACGCUCAGGGAACAGAUGCAGAAAGCCGAGCUGAAGAGAGUCCAGAAGGAUGGAGUGAAUGUGGUUCUGAGUCCUGAUUCAGCACAUCCUGAGCUCGUCCUGUCUGCUGAUGGAAAACAAGUCAAACAUGUUGAUGUGAAGAAGAAUCUCCCAGACAAUCGUGCCAGGUUUGAUGCUUGCCCCUGCGUCUUAUCAAAGCAGAGUCUCUCUUCAGGCAGAUCUUACUUCGAGGUUCAGGUUAAAGGGAAGACUGGGUGGGAUGUAGGAGUGGCCAGAGAGUCGAUCAACAGGAAGGGGAAAAUCCUCCUGACUCCUCAGAAAGGUUUCUGGACGAUCUGCUUGAGGAAUAAAAAUGAGUACAAAGCUCUUGCUGGCCCUCCAGUCCGUCUCUCUCUGCAGUCUGGUCCUGAGAAGGUGGGGGUGUUUGUGGACUAUGAGAAGGGUCUGGUCUCCUUUUAUGAUGCUGUUACUGCAGCUCUGAUCUACUCCUUCACCGGCUGCUCCUUCACUGAGAAACUCUACCCGUACUUCAGUCCUGAUCUGAACCAGGACGGUCAUAACUCCGCCCCUCUGAUCAUCUCGUAGGUCCACAACCAUCGGCAGAGCAACCGUUUGGUUUUCUGGGACUUAAGAAUGAUAAGUGAAUGUAAAGUCGUGGGUUUCUGGGAGAUUUAUAACAACAGGUACAAUUCAUGUUGAUGUAAAAACCUCAGCCUCUUAAAGCACCUCUGUGGAGAUUUCAUUGGUGUUGAUUUUGGCGCCCCCGAUUUGACAUGACGUGUGAUCAGUUUGCUUCUGGUGUUGCUCAUGUUAGUGAAAGUUAAUAACCGUCGUCAAUGGAGUUUAGACCAAUCAGAAUCAAGCAUCUCACACAGCAGGAAGAUGAGAAAGAGAGCCGGGUAAUCACAGAUAAUAACACCUGUGUGUCAACUUGUACAGACUUUCUUCCUUUAUUGAACCUCUGCUCUCAUUGUUCCAUAUUCUCUUUGGUCUGUUGUGACUUUUAACCAUCAUUUAAUAUUUCCUGUCUUGUAUGAAGCUCUUUGAUGUGCCUUUUUUUGCCGAUAUGUGCCGUUUAGAUAAACCUGUUUUGCAUAAUCAUUGUAGAACAUGUAAAGAUAAGUGUGUCAUGAAAUUAAAGACAGUUUCUGAAUUA